AUGUGCUCUAAAGAAGAAACACCUAAAAAUAUUGGAGAAUUCACAAAUGUCCCAAAACAAAACCUUCAAACACAACCUGGUGUUACGCAUGAAAUGACGCCACGUCCUUUGGUUCAUCACUUGCCCACUGGUGAUCAUUUGGAAGAAUACCGUGGUGCUGAUAAAUUAAAAAAUAAGAUUGCACUGAUUACCGGAGGAGAUAGUGGUAUUGGACGUUCGGUUGCCGCUCUAUUUUCUUUAGAGGGCGCGUCUGGUAUCGCUAUUACUUACCUUCCUCGUGAAGAAAAGGAUGCACGUGAGACAAAAGAGAGAAUCGAAAAGCAAUCUAAAACCGAAGUAAUAUUAAUAUGUAAAGAUAUCGGAAGUGAAGAAAACGCAAAAGAUGUUGUAAAACAAGUGAUUAAUAAAUGGGGAAGAAUUGAUAUUCUUGUAAACAACGCUUCUGAACAGCAUUUAACAGAACGUAUUGAAGAUUUGUCGAGUGAACAGUUCGAACGAACCUUUAGAACAAAUAUUUUUGCCAUGUUUUACCUUGCAAAACACUCGGUCCCAUAUAUGAAAGAAGGCAGUGUGAUCAUCAAUACAACUUCCGUUACCGCAUCUCUUUCUGAACAAUUACUCAAACGUGGAAUUAGAGUCAACGCCGUAGCACCUGGUCCAAUUUGGACGCCACUUAUUGCCUCCUCUUAUCCACCCGAAAAAAUGGAAAGUUUUGGAAAGCAAGUUCCAAUGAAAAGAGCCGGACAACCAUCUGAAGUGGCACCAUCCUAUGUUUUCCUGGCUAGCAAUGAUUCAAGUUAUAUGUCCGGACAAGUACUUCACCCUAAUGGAGGAUCUGUUAUCAACGGUUAA